GCAGCUCAUCCAAACAUGAGGACCUAUUAUUUCUGCACAGAUACAGGGAAGGAAAUGGAGUUAUGGAUGAAAGCCAUGAUAGACGCAGCUCUUGUGCAGACAGAGCCCGUGAAAAGAGCAGACAAGAUUACUUUUGAAAGCACAGCACCUCGUGAAGUCAAUAACAUUCCCAACCAUCGAGAGCUAAUUAAGCCAGAGACUCAGAACAAUCAGCGGAACCGAGAAGUCUGCAAAACGGAAGAGAAGAAAUGUUUAGAAGCAGAAAAGUAUGGAUUUCAGAAAAUCGGGCGCGAUAGACCCUUAACAAAAAUCAACAGUGUAAAACAGAAUUCCUAUGGGCCAGAGUAUGGAACUUUGCCAGCCAGCGCACUUUCAUCAGUCCAUUACAGGCCAGUUCAUUUAAAUGGGUCAGAGAAAGCGGUAAACCUCAUCCUGGGAGAUUCCAGCGAUGGGAUCCAUCACAACGCCAUGCAUUCACAUAUAGAAUCCGAACGUGUCAUCCAAAGAACUAAUUCCAUGUUACAGUUGGAGCAGUGGAUUAAAAUACAGAGAGGGAAAGGACAAGACGAAGAAACAAGAGGGUGAGUAAUCUCAGGAUUCAUGAAUAUCUGAAGUCUUAAUGUAUGUAUGAUGAUUCAUUUUUUUUGUUCUGUGGAAUAUUAAUUGGAUUUGGAAAGGUCCUUGAACGUGUUACACAAUAUUUCAAACAGGCCGUGAGAUGCUAGCCGAAACUAUAAAGAAAUUAUUUAUAAUUCUCCUUAUUCCAAAUAUCUGGGUCUAACAGUAAUUAUUAUUCAUGAAUAAAGGUUUAUCUUAGCUAGAAAGAUCACUCCUUAUUUAUUUCUUGUUCCGGCCAGCUUCCUAGAUUUUCUUUCUUUCUUUCUUUCUUUUUUAAAGGUUAGACAGAAUUGAUAACAUGGACUCCCAAAUUAAAGUUUUUAAUUCUAUUUUUCGAGCAGUUUCUAAGUCGCUAGAUCUCCAUAAUGAUCUUGGGUUGAAAAUUUUCCUACUGUUAACUGAUGGUGAUAGAUUUAAAUUAGAAUUUUCUCCAAGAAAACCAUGUGCUCCCAUUUAUUAUUUAUUUGUAACACAUUUCAUAUGUGUGUGUGUGUCUGUCUGUCUGUGUGUGU